UUGCCGGUACGAACUACGAAUCCGUAUCUAGUCGAGCCGCGUAAGUCGCCUGGGUAACAGUGCAGUAUUGUUGUGUGCCGCGUAAUUUUAUAUCCAAGUAUACAAUAUAAAUAUUGUUAUUUUCUAUCCUUUAUGGAAAUGUGCGUAGUAUGUAUGUUUAAGAGAAUCGUGAUGUUAUAUACUCUCAAGAUUAUUAAAUCGAUAGCGACAUAAUGGGAUUUAAAUUAACAUGGAAAUUUAUCUUUUCAUUUAAAAAACAAUUUUUCAAAAAGUAAAAACACACACAAACAAUUAAGUGUCCAGUAAACUGUCUAUAGAUUUAUUGUUACCAACUUAUUAAAAACUAUUGAUUAUAGUUCACUUGAAGUUAUUGUAAUUGUUAGCAGUGAUUCGUUAAAACGAUAUAAAGAGAAAGGUGCGCUGUUAAAAAUAUUAAUCUGAAUCAUAGAAUUCAAAAAUCAGUAAGGUAUCUUUUUUAAAAAUGUAAGAUACAAAACCUAAAGGUCAAUUUGUCUGAACAGGCAUAUUCCUUAUUAAAUAAUUGAACUAGUUUACCAAUUAAAUUUCUGUCAAGUAACCUGGAUAGUAUAAAUUGUUUUAAUUGAAUCAGAUUAAAAAACAGAUGCCUAUUUUUACAAGUAAAGAAUAAUAAUAAUCGAAAAAAGCAGUUUAAAAUUUGCAUCGCUUGCAUCGAAGGCCUUGUCUCUGAGCUUUGACGCUCGGAGUAACAGUACUUCCGUUGCCGUGGUUGCUUGGAAUAAGCCACUCUCCUCCAUAGAACGGGACCGAUACUCAACAAGAGUCUGUCGCGCUGUCCGCUCCUACGCCUUGUCUUACUGUCCCGAUUAUUUUUCUCUCAUGUAUGUUUAUGCUACCCGUAAUAAAACCAUCGCUUGUACCUCAUCUUCCUUUCUGUCUUAAAAGCAGUCUGGCCAGUCGUGUAUAGAUUGGCUCGAUGGUAAAUUUACAGUCUACUUUAGAUGGAAAUCACUCAAAGUUUUAAAUCAACUGGAUGUGUGUUGGUGAAGGAACACAAAGAGUUUAUACUCCGAGUGUAAACAAGACCAUAAUGCAGCUAGAGCAGCUUGACUUCACACCUGUCGAUAAUAAAAACUAGUAUUCUGAGCUAGCUUUUAUAAUAUUAAAAGCUAUUAAAAAACACAAAAGAAAAUAAGUUUUCCACCUGCGUUUUUAACUUUGGAUAAUCAAGCAUGCAUAGUUGAUAGGGAAUCUCUAAAACUAGAAAAAAAACCAUAAAAGUUAAAAGUUCAAGAAUACGACUUUAUUUUAUGUGCGUUUGGUACCACCAUGAAUUUUAAUGUAAGGUGUUGUGGUAAAAAAAUUAUUAUAGUAUCGAAUAAGUUUAUAAUUACUUAGAUAUUUUAGUGUUAAUAUAAAAUAGUUUUUAAGUGAUUGCAUAAAAUAGAAACAGAAUUAAUUAUUUAAGUGAAUUUAAGUAUUAGCAUUAUUGGAUUAACAAAAUGAAGACUACACAAAGGACAUUUAGUUUCGAUGAAACAUCGAUGGAUACUCCAAUGACUCGAUUAUCUGGAGGUGAUCUUAAAUCUUAUGAUAAAGAAAUUAACAUUGAAGUUGAAGUCACUACCUUAGAAGAAGCUAAAUUAAUCAUAGCAGCUUUAAGGACUCGACAAAGGUCACAGACACAUCAAAUGCUUGCAUGGAGAAGAACGCUUAAAUUACAAGAAGAAAUGGUGAUUCGAUUAACAAGAGAAAAAGCUGAACAAUUGAGGACUUUGUCAUCACAAUUAUUUUUAUUUGAAUCAAGACUUUGUAGAAAACAAAAGGAAAUCGAAGCCAGCUUAACUCAAAGAGAAGCUAUUAUUUUGAAACAACAACGGGUGAUAAGACAACUUCAAAAUAGACUGGCAGAAAAAAGUUUAGGGACAAGGGAGUCUCCACCUUGCGAUGCUUUAGAUAGAUUAGACAGUCUUGGUGAUAGUGAUAGUGCUGUCGUUCUCGAAGAAACUGGAUAUGAUCCUGUACCUCCAAGAUUUCGAUCUAAUAUAACUGAUGUAACUGUGAUUCGUUCUGUAUCCGAUGCAGUAGAGCCUUCGAAUAAAUAUUCAUCGAUGAGAAGAAGUAAUGGUUUCUUAAGAAGACCUGAAGUUCUUGAAACGGUUUAUUCUGUUGAAGAAGAUGUUGAUGAUAUUAAUCAAGAACCUUGUGAGUCAACGGAAAAUUCAGAAAAUGAAGAAAAAAAAGAAAAAAGUUUGAGACAAGGCAGUGGUAGAUUACAAGACAUUUAUGGGAGCUUUGAACGACUUACACAAGACGAUUCACCAUCUAAUGAAAGGCCUAAAGAUGAAAAUCCCGGUCAACAAGCUCAGGUAACUUACAACAGGGUUAUGAGUAAUCACCGAUCAGUUACAAAACCGAAAGAUGUUAAAUACAAAAGAAUCAAUAAGGCUAAAUCAAAAAGUCUUGAAGAACUGCGUGGAAAACUUAGAAAUUGGGUCGAAAAAGGAAAUAAAAUAGCUAUAUCAUUAGACCAAUCGUAUGCCUAAAUAUGAUAAAAAAUUUUAUAGCCUGUAAAAAAAAGUAAACGCUUAUGACUGAUUGAAAUAUAGUUUUUUAAAAAUUUCUUCUACAAUAUUACUCGAAUUUUGUAUUGAGAAAAAAAGGUAUUAUCGUGAUUUUAAACGAUAAUCGAUGACAAAAAUUCAUCAAACAUUAUGGUAAUAAUAUGAUAUAUUGAAUUAUUUAAAUUCGCAUAAAAGAAAAUAUUAACUAUUGUAUUACUUGAUAAUACUAAAUUAUUUUCACAUUCAUAAUAAUUAAAUUAUUAAAAUUUGUGCCAAAGUAUUUACACAAGCUUAUGAAAUAAAUCUCUUCUGUCAGUUAUAUAAUAUAAUAAUAUAAAUGAGACUAUAAUUUAAGAGAACAUAAUGCUUGUUUAAAAUUAAUUUAUUACAUAAUAGUUUCGAAAGUUUAAUUAUCAAAUGCCAAAAUUUUUAUGUAUGAUUUUUUUUAUCAUAUUUAUAAUUACUCAUUUUUUAUUAAUUGAAUGUUGUCUAAAAUACUUACUUGAGACUUAAACAAAAAUAAUAAUGACAUCGAGUACUGGCGAUAUCUAUAAACUUAUUAGAUACUUUUAAGCAGUACAAGAUAAAUUAUAUUUGUAUUAUCAGAAGUUUUAUGAGAAAAAUCAUAACUUUUCUGCAACUUGAAAUUAUAUAUUAUUAAAUAUGAGUGAUAUGAUUUUAAUUAAAAAAUUAGUGAUUAUGAUUAUGAUACAAUGAUAACAUUUCAUAAUCUGGUCGUAAGUUUAAUUCACGGUUCAUGUAUAAUAAAUAUACACAGAUGAAAAAGACUAAUGUAAAAAUGUAUUAAAUGUGGCCAAAUUUAAGGCUUAUAUGAAAGAUCUCUCACCUAAUUUGAUUUAUUUAAGCAUGUACAUUACUACUUACAUGUAACUUAUAACAAGUAUCCAUUAGGGUGUAUCAAUGUACAGCAAAAUUUUUAAUAUUGCUAGUAGAAAAGUCAGUAAUAUAUAUAUAUUUUUUUACAAAGGUGGUAUUUAACAUAUUAUACUGCCAAUUUUAAUACCCUGGUGGUCCUAAUAUUACGGUAGAAUUACCGUAUAUAACGGUACUAGGUUAAUAAACCGUAACCGAUCGUAAUCUUACCGCAAUUUUCCGUAAUCCUACCGUAGAAUGACUGUACGAAUACGAUAAAUUUCCGGUAGAACUAUGAUAAAAAUACGGUAACUAUUUGUGCAACCAUCAAUAGCAAAGUUCUGGUUCUUGAUUAAAAUCUCUAUUAGAAAUAUGUUGUCAUCGAAUCGUGAUUUUAUAGUAAAUUUGCCGUAAGUUAAUUAAUAUUAGGGCCACCAGGAGAAAUUGUACCGUAACUUUACGGUAAGUCUACUUUUAAAUACGGAACAACUAUCAAUUAAGCUUUAGAUAGUUACGGUAGCGUUAUCGUAAAUGCUUAGAGUAGAUUUACCUGAUUUUUUGCGGUAAUUUUACCGUAGUAUUGCGGCAGAAGACAGUAAUGUCGCGGUAAGUUUACCGUAGAAUUACAGUACAUUGCCGUAAAACGAUGAUAAUUAUACGGUAGAUUUACCGUAAGUUAUGGUAACCUACCGUAAUAUUAGAUGCGCCAGGGUAACUCAGAGAAAAUUAAAAAUUUUCAUGAAACAGUUUUACAAGCUUUAAAAUUUAUGCCAAAAACUUUAUUGAGUAAGUUAGUAUGCCUAAUGAUUUUUGCAUUUCAACGUUUGGAAAUUAAUUUUGUAUUAGAAUACUAAUGAAAUCAUUUGAUAUCGUAGAAGUUUAUACAUCACUUUAAAAUCCAAAUGAUAAUUUUGUACAAAAUAAAAUAGCUUAUAAAAUAUUUUUGAUAAUCAAUAUCGACAAACUCGAUAUUUAACAAGCUUCGUACAUUCCAAUUUAUUGAGUGAAAGAACGUAUCUUUUCAAUACUGCUUUAACCCUUCGUUGGUCGCGCUAUGAGCGAAUCGCCGCCUAACAACUACUCAACCUAUAGAGACUCGCUACAGUGCGAGCGAGAAACUAAAAAAGACGCGACUAACGAAGGGUUAAAGUAACAUUGAGUUUAAAUGUCAUCAAAAUAUUAUAUUUGAAUUGCUUAAAUAUAAACUAAAUAUAAUAUGUAAUAUAAAAUAUGGUAGAUGUUUUUCGAAUUAAAAUUUGUUUUUUAAUAUUAAAAAUUUUGCCAUUAAUGAUUCACCUUAGUGUUUAAGUGUACAACGUAUGACAACAUUUAAAUCGGAGAAAUGAUACCUAUGUAAAAAAUAAACAUAUACAGUUUGUCAAUUAAUGUAAGUUUAAUUGUAAUAUAAGUAUGUAUAAAAAAAACUACAUGUAGUAUUUAAAACAAUAUGUGCUCUAAUAUGCCUAGGGCUGAAAAAAAUAUAUAUAUAAUUAUUUUCAUGCUCUGUAGCAAAUGCUUAGACUGCUAUUCGCAUUUUAAUUAUUAAUUUAUAGAACGUCAAUAAAUUAUCAAUCAAAUUAAAAACAUUAAUUAUGAUUUU